AUGCUUAUGCUGUAUACGUUCUCCGAAAUUGAGAAUUGGCGUAAACAACACUACAGAACGAAAAUGACCCACUGGUUUCAUCGCAACCCUCUGAAGGCUACAGCUCCCGUUUCAUUCAAUUUUUAUGGGGUAGCUACCGCUCCAGCUGCAACAAAGGUUUGCAAUGAUUUGAGGUUAUCUCGAGCACGACUGUUGGAGCUGUUUACGGACUCGAGUUGUAAUCCAGAAAUGAUGAAGAAUGCAACUGACUUGUACUUCUCACUCUUGCAAGGUUUUAUCCUUUCACUGGAUGACUCUUCCCAAGAAUGCAAGUUGAGAUAUAUUCAGAAUUUCAAGUGGACAGACACAUUACAAGGACAAGUUCCAAAUGCCCAGCAGGAUGCAGUGUUUGAACUUGUUUCCAUGGGAUUUAAUGUAGCUCUGUGGUACACAAAAUAUGCAUCAAGACUCGCUGGAAAAGAAGAUAUAACAGAAGAUGAAGCAAAAGACGUUCACCGAAGCUUGAAGAUAGCAGCUGGGAUUUUUAAACACUUGAAGGAAAGUCAUAUUCCAAAGUUGAUUACACCUGUAGAAAAGGGAAGAGAUUUAGAAGCUCGACUUAUGGACUCUUACAUCAUACAGUGCCAAGCUGAAGCUCAAGAAGUGACAAUUGCUCGGGCUAUUGAGCUGAAACACAAUCCAGGACUAAUAGCUGCUCUUGCUUACGAAACAGCUAACUUCUACCAAAAAGCUGAUCAAACAUUAUCCAGUUUGGAUCCAACCUAUGCAGGUAAAUGGAGGAAGUACUUAAACUUGAAGAACUGUUUCUAUAUGGCCUAUGCGUACUGUUACCACGGUCAAACUUUACUGGCGAGUGAUAAAUGCGGGGAAGCAAUCAGAUCUCUGCAGGAGUCAGAAAAAUUUUUUGCCAAGGCUGAAGCAUUGUGCAAAGAAUAUGGAGAAACCAAAGGGCCCGGGACUACUGCCAAACCUUCUGGACAUCUCUUCUUUAGGAAAUUAGGAAGUUUGAUUAAGAACACACUAGAAAAAUGCCAGAGAGAGAAUGGAUUCAUCUAUUUUCAGAAGGUGCCAGCAGAGGCUCCCCAGCUGGAACUGAAAGCAAACUAUGGCUUAGUAGAGCCUGUUCCUUUUGAAUUUCCUGCCUUGAACGCACACUGGACUCCUGAAACACUUGCAGCGUUUGAUCUCACCAAGAGGCCAAAGGAUGACACUGCUAAACCAAAACCAGAUGAAGAAGUAAAACCUCUGAAGGAACCAGAUAUAAAGCCUCAAAAAGACAGUGGAUGCCAGAUUUCUUAAGUGCCACAAGUGCUUUGAAUUCACUUUAAAACUGUAUUAAUUGGACUCUGGGGCUUUAGUUCUGAUCUCCCUUUUUCUGAUUCUUCUUUUUUAAUUUAGAAGACUAAUUUAAUUUACUUUUGUUAAUAUGCGUCUAUCUUGCUUGAGAAUGUGGUGGAUUUCUCGGAGUUUAUUUAUAUCUGACUUAUUUUUGGGUUUAGUGGGAUAUCGUAGAAUGAGUGGGCUUAAAUGUUCCUAUUGUGCCUCUAGAGAGUUUCUUUUUGUGGGUUUAGUUUCUACCCACAAAUAGCAAAGGAAGUAUCAUGAUUGUAACACUUGAGGAUUUUUCCAUUAAAUUACAUGCUAUAUAAUGUCAAAUUCUGCAAACAAAAGUUUGCAUGAAUGGUUAUAUUUAUUCAGGUUUUGUCAUUCAGGCUUAAUGCCCUGUCGUGUUCUGAUUCACUGAAUUGUAGUGAGUGCAGAAAAUCUGGGUUUGGUUUGUAACACCCCUGUGGUGUUUCACAGGACUUUCACAGAACUUGGAAAACCUUAAGUUCUGUGUAACUGGAGCACAGUUUAUGUUCUUCUG